UUCGGCUGCUUACUUCCUGUUGCUUGGUUGUUUUCCUGCCAGGAAAAAAAAUAACGGACCCUCUUUACUCUCCGGCGACACGACGCUAUUUCUAUCUGGACAUUUACAGUCAGUACUGGAGGGGGAUACUAUCGGUAACAUCGCUGUAUUAUUUAUUAAUUUGUUUUCUUAUUGGGAAAGAUGACUGAGGGGCGGGUAGCUAGCUGACUGGAUAAAUAGAACACACCGCCCCCCCUUACGGUUUAGAAAAUAAAACAAACGCAUCACUUUUAUCUUCUAACAGCUACAGUUAUCCUCACCGUGACAACCCGUUAACCGUUAGCAGUGGCUACAUGACGUUAGCCCUUAUUUCCUAAGCAGCCAAUUCAUCGUUAUGUCAAAGUACACAAGUUUCCCAGAGCCGAUGGAGGACCACAACCCUUUUCAGGACCCUGCAGUGACUCAACACAGCAGCAACACGGGAUAUGCCACACUGGAUCUAUACAACCCAUUUGAUAAUAACGCUACGACUACAGGGCCUCCCCCACAGUAUGAAGCCACCUCUCCCGCCGCUCCAUCUGCACCUGCACAGACCCCACCCAGCAGGACGACACCCACAGAGCCCCGCAACUAUGGCUCCUACACCUCUCAGCCUGCAGUGAAUGCAACCACAGCAGAGCUCCUUAGAAAGCAAGAGGAGCUAGAAAAGAAGGCCCGGGAGCUGGAGAGGAGAGAGAGGGAGCUGGAGUCACACAGCCUGGGACCUGGAGCCUCACGUCAGAAUAACUGGCCCCCGCUGCCAUCGUUCUGCCCCGUAGGCCCCUGUUUUUACCAGGACAUCAACGUGGAGAUCACGCAGCGUUUCCAACGCACAGUCACCAUCAUGUACUACUUCUGGAUGUUUGGCACAGGCGCACUGCUCUUCAACCUGGUCUCCUCUUUGGCCAUGUUCUGCGUGGAUCCUGCAGGAGGGGUUGGCCUGGGACUUGCCAUCCUCUGGGCCCUCCUCUUUACCCCCUGCUCUUUUGUCUGUUGGUACAGACCUGUGUACAAAGCCUUCAGGAGUGACAGCUCCUUCAAUUUCUUUGUCUUCUUUUUUGUUUUCUUUGCCCAAGUGGUGACCUGUGUCAUCAUGACCAUUGGGAUCCCUGGAUGGGGUUUCAGUGGUUGGAUCGUGAGCUUGGCUGCUCUGAAGAAAAGUGUCCCUGUUGGUGUGAUCAUGAUGAUAAAUGCUAUCCUCUUUACGGCCCAAACAGCCAUGGGGGUUUUCAUGCUGAAGAAGGUUCACAGUCUUUACAGGCAGACUGAUGCCAGUUUCCAGAAGGCCCAGGCCGAGUUCGCCACCGGAGUCAUGUCCAAUCAGGCCGUGCGCCAGGCCGCUGCUACAGCUGCCUCUACCGCUGCACAGGGCGCCUUCAAUGCACCUCGAUAGAGAGGGAGGAGAGGGGUAGGGAGGGUAAGAGGAGGAGGGCUAACUCAGCUUGAUAGAGGAUCAGUCUGGUAUCUAUUUCCCCACAGGUGAUUAGAAUUCGAUGGUGAGGGGCCUUUGUAAUCACCCCUAGAGCAGAUGAACUUCAGGGCAAGUGCAUGACACAGAGGUGGGGUUGUCUAUUUUAUAACUGUGUACAGGACAAGUUAGCUAUAUUGCCAAACCAUGAGUGAAAAAAACCUGGAGACAGACUAAGUGUUGAUAAAAAAAUAUGUAAAGCUGAAGGUGAAAACAAAUGGAUGCUGAAUCUGUGUGAAACAUAGUGCUGUUCGUAUCAGUGAAUGCAGGGAAAAUGCUUCUUUUUGUAUGAAAAAAAAAGCUGUGUGCCAAGUGAGGGACAGUCCUGGUUGGAUGUUUCCCCAUUUUAAAUAACUCCAUUGUACAUUAUGUUUUUGAGGAUCCUUGUUUGAAACAAAGUCUAAAGCUGAGCACUAAAAUGUUGCCAUUCUAACAUAGCUGAACAGCUUCACUUUUUCAUUGUUGCUUAAAUGUACAAUCUAACACAUUUUUUUGCUAUUAUUAUUUCCAACGAGAAUGCCUGUUUACACUAUUGCCAAAACCUCUCAUACUGUAAAGAUUAUGAUUAUGUGUUAUUUGGGUUAUUGACUAUCACUGUUUUGUUGGUGUUGAUUGUGGUUCUUAUGAUUACUACAGGUCACUGUCUUGGUUUUAAUAAAAAUAUAUUGCCAUGCUUACAGUC